AUGGGAAGCUACGGGCCAUCCAUUCAGGAGCAAGCGAUUGAUGAUGCGAUCCAUGCUCGCCUGAAUUUCUUUAGCAAAACCCCAUGUGGCCGCGAGAAUGACGUACCGUUCUUUGUAGCUGAUACAAAGAAGAUCGUCCAGCAGCAUCAAAGAUGGAGAAAUGCAUUGCCUAAUAUCCACCCGUUUUAUGCGGUAAAAUGCAACCCGGAUCCCAAACUGCUGCAAUUGCUAGCCGAUAUGGAUGUCAACUUUGAUUGUGCCUCUCUCGCAGAGAUUGAACAAGUGCUGGAUAUGGGGAUUCAUCCAAGUCGAGUCGUCUUCGCUCAUCCCUGCAAAGCGCCUUCUGCGUUAGACAUAGCUGCACAGCGAGGGGUUAGGUGGACUACGUUUGACAAUUCCGACGAGCUGGACAAGAUCCAGAAAAUCAGUCCUGGGUUGGAGUUGCUCCUGCGGAUCUAUGUGCAAGAUCAUACUGCCAAGGUCGCUUUGGGCGAAAAGUUCGGAGCCCGCAUAGAGACUGCACGAACAUUGCUCGAAAAUGCUCGUGUGUUGGGACUGAAAAUUGUCGGAGUAAGCUUUCAUAUCGGAUCUGGGGCAUCAGAUCCCAAUGCCUUCGUCACGGCAGUCCAGCACGCCAAAUGUGUUUUCGACGACGCGAUAUCCCUAGGAUUUGACAUGCAGAUAUUGGACGUUGGUGGCGGCUUUGAGGACAACAAUUUUGAGACUAUGGCAUAUUCCCUCCGAGAGGCAAUUGCCCGCGAGUUUACUAGUCCAGUGACACUAAUCGCCGAACCAGGACGAUUCUACGCUAGUGGGUUCUAUACGAUGGUGUGUCAAGUCAUUGCACGCCGAACCCAGAAAGACGCGACAACCAAGCGACCAGAUAUGCUGUAUUUGAAUGAUGGUCUCUACGGAUGCUUUAGCAUGAAAUGGAGCGAGCACAAAAUAUUUGUGCCCACCUUGAUAGAGCUGCGAGGGACAUCCACACCCGCCCCGCGCGAGUGGAAGCCUCAUCGAUAUUCUAUCUGGGGCCCGACAUGUGAUAGUAUAGAUUGCAUUUCCAAGGAGGUGGUCAUGGACCAAGAGAUGAUGAUAGGCGAUUGGCUGAGAUUUCAUGAUAUGGGAGGUAAGUCCUACAGGUCACGAUCAGGGAUUCAAUCUGGACCCAUUAAUAAAAAGGUCGAUAUGAGCUAA